AUGACAAGAAGCAGAGCCGGCUCUUUAGUCCAAAGCAUUGCUGUGAAGCCGCCUUCAAAUCUGAAUUCAGUCCCAUCUCUAUACGAUGAUGCAGAUUUACUUCGCAAGCUCAAAGAAGUUUACCCACAAGAUGAACAAGGUGAAGAGAGCGCGAAGGAAGUGAAUGUGGAGCAAAAGGAUAGAAAUUAUGAAAAAUAUGAAAAGUUCCUUCAAGACCUGGAGGGGAGAAGCUCUGACUACCGUCGGGUAAUAGACGAUACUCAGAUGGUGAAUGUCCAAUUGAACUACAUCAUAGAUAAAUUUUGCGACAUAACUACGGAGACUCAACAAUUCACAUCUUCCACCGGUCAGCUUUUCAAGGACCUUGAGCAUCUCAAAACACUCCACAUAUCAUUGAACGAGUAUUUGAGCUACUUCGAGUCCCUUGAAUUGGUAACACGCGAGCUUCACCAUAUAUCUUCCUCUAGCGUUGUGAAAAAGGAUUCUUUCCGGAUGAGGCUAGGCAAAGUUAACUCAUCUCUUCAAUUUCUAGGCGAGCAUGGCGAUUUCAAAGAUGCUGAAACCUACCGUAUCAAGUUUAAACAAUGCUUGAUACGCUGCUGUAAUCUGAUGGCCAAUUACCUGACCAAUUCGAUUAAGGCUCUUUGCGCAGAAGUUUCCAAGUCCCUUGAGACUACCACGCAGUCCGCAACUCGAGAGGCACUCUUAUACAGCAAGUUUCAGGCUCGAGCAUCUGAUUUUUUUCCUGUCGCAGAGCAGCUCUCUUACCACUGUUCGAAUAAUGCAAGGUACAGGGAUGAUAUAAAAUCUAUUCUCCAAACUUGUUACGAAGAGUACUUCCAAGUAAGAACAAGACUUUUACACAAAACUAUCGUGAGCCAGUUAAAUAAUGACGCCGACAAUGAAAGUUUUUCGCUGGUGAAACAUGUUCAGGACAACCUGUUAUUUUUCACUCAGCUUUGUGAAAACGAAUACAAGCUCGUUAUUCAAUUCUUCCCUGAGGUGGAGGGUAGAAACGAGUUCAACAGGUGGCUUUUCCGGUUAUGCGAGCCUCUCCAUGACAGUGUUAGGGAGAAAGUUUUGAAGGAAAACGAGGUUGCAGUCCUAUGUGAUUCGGUAACACUGCUCAACAAAUUCUAUGAGUUUGAGGAAAACUCAAAGGAGUACCAGGCUCAAUAUAAGUCAGUUCAACUGGAUAAAAUACUUGAGCCACUGCUGCAAGAUAUUCAGUAUAGAUUGAUUUUCAGAGCUCAAAUUUAUGUCGAAUCACACAUUGUAAACUUCAAGCCAAGUAAGGACGCUUUCAUGAUCAACCACCGGAAAGCACAUAGUAGCAAGCAUGAAGAUAACAAUGACAUUGUCAGCUCUUUCCUAGAUACUAUUUCGGACUUUGAAGGUGAAGUGGAGGAAAUUCGAAGUUGCUAUCCACCAGUUUUAAGAGCUGUGGCCCUGCUUUCUAGAAUCUAUCAAAUGGUUCAUUCGUCUAUUUUUGACAAUCUCGCCCAUCAUAUCGUGCACGACUGCAUUGAAUCACUGAGGGCCGCUUUUCGACUCGUGGAACAAUCAGAGAAUGCCCUGGAGCCAAGGUUGGCCUAUUUGAAGAACUUACUCAUGCUUCGCAAGCAAGUUCAAAAUUUCGAAAUUCAAUAUGUUUGCAACGAAAAGUACGUAGAUUUUUCGGGGCUUACAGAAUUCUUGAGAUCUCUAGCGCGGGGCGGUCUACGACAAGACUCUGGAAACUCUGUGCUUGAUUUAGCGUUGGAACGUCGACCUCGCGUGGUGAACGAUAUGGUAGAUGCACGCUCCGAGCUUACAUUGGAGUUGCGUAACGGCAUUAAGAUAUUGACAGACACAGCAGCACGUGAAAUAAUUGGAAACUGUCUUGAUGGACACGAAAACCUUUUGAGCAACAACGUAAAAUUAAAGGACAACAUAGAGACUUUACUUCCACGCAUACAUGAAAGACUGUGUAAUUUCAUUCAGAAUGUCGAAGUAAGAGCACACUUAAUCGAUGCCAUUCAGGAGUUGGUCAUUCGAUCUUAUGCCAAGUUUUACGACACAAUUGCUGAAGACGCUGAAAACGGUCGCAUCGACAAAGCUGAGGUUUCCGAACUAAUUUAUGUUGAUGUUUUGGCAGAUUAUAUCAAUAAUGUGGCUAGUGCGCUAAAUCAGAUUUGA